AUCUGGCGUUCUUCCACCUGACUGAUUCGUCGCAUCAAUAGGCAGCAGACUCGGUGCGCAGACUCAACAGCAAUGUUCGCAGAUCCCGUGACAAAAGAGCACCUGAGAUUCGUAUGUGUCGCCAUAUAAACUUCACUACCCAUCACACGAUCCGACCUAGACAUCUUGUCCCGGAGAUGACUCGGAUGACAUCAUCCUGAGUCGCCAUUUUCUCCAUCUGAUCGUCGCGCUUUGCCAUCGCAUCCGCCGCAAAGAUGAAAGGUGCAGAGGGGAAUUAGAAAUAAAUGAUGGAAGGAUUGUUGAAUAUCAUCAUCAACCAAGAAUCUUCGUCGCUUCUAUAUAACGCCUUUGCGGCCUGUUUAUUUCUCAUCGCUUUUCGCAUGCUCUUCAAGCAGGUUUCUCGUUUCUAUCGGCCGUCGACUUCCCCCGCUCGUGUCAGACUCGCGCAAAUGUCUUCGCAUAUAUCCAGUGGCCUCACCAAAGGGCCGAGGUCAGAGAAAGAGAAUGAUGCCACGUCUACUUUAGCAGACAUUCCAAAGUCAAAUACAUUCACCUCCAAACUACCUCCCGAUUCACAGUAUCCCACUCCUCUCGAGUCACAUCAGGCGCCUCGACAAAAGCUGGGGCCUCGCAUGGUCAGAGAAGCAUUAUAUACAUAUGUCAGGCCGGAACCUACUGAGGAUCCCGAGCUUCUUGCUGUCAGUCGAGCCGCCCUCCGUGACAUUGGUCUUGCCGACAGUGAGGCCAACUCCGAAGAGCUCAAAGAGGUUGUUGCAGGCAACAAAUUCUACUGGGAUGAAGAAAAUGGGGGCAUCUACCCUUGGGCACAAUGCUAUGGUGGCUUUCAAUUUGGUCAAUGGGCGGGCCAACUGGGUGAUGGACGAGCAAUCUCCUUGUUCGAGGCUACCAACCCAAAGACCAAGGUCCGCUAUGAACUACAAUUGAAAGGCGCGGGCAAGACGCCCUAUUCGAGGUUUGCCGACGGCAAGGCUGUACUACGAUCCAGCAUCAGAGAAUUUGUCGUUUCUGAGUAUUUGAAUGCCAUCGGUAUUCCGACAACACGAGCUCUUUCAUUGACGUUAUGCCCCAAGUCAACCGUCAUACGAGAACAGCUUGAGCCGGGAGCGAUCGUAUGCCGCUUUGCCGAGUCAUGGCUGCGUCUUGGUACUUUUGACCUAAUGCGAUCGAGAGGUGAUCGGAACCUUAUUCGCAAAGUUGCUACCUAUAUCGCAGAAGAUGUGUUUGGCGGAUGGGAAUCACUUCCCGCUGUCCUGCCAUCAGACACAAAAGAUGCUCAUCCCGAUCCUGCCAGAGGCGUGCCCAAGGACGAACUCCAGGGUAAAGAAGGUGCUGAAGAGAACCGCUUCACAAGGCUAUACCGGGAAAUUGUCCGUCGAAAUGCCAAAGUUGUUGGCAUGUGGCAGGCCUACGGUUUCAUGAAUGGUGUUCUUAAUACCGACAAUACUUCGAUAUUUGGUCUCUCUAUGGACUAUGGCCCGUUCGCAUUCAUGGACAAUUUUGACCCGACAUAUACUCCCAACCAUGAUGACCACAUGCUUCGAUACAGCUAUCGAGCCCAGCCGACCAUCAUCUGGUGGAAUCUUGUCCGUCUCGGUGAAUCAUUGGGCGAGUUGAUCGGUUCUGGUGAACGUGUCGACGACGAAGUGUUUGUGGAAAAGGGUGUUGAGGAAGACUUUGCUCCUAUUCUCAUCAAGCGCGCCGAGACCAUCAUUGAUCAGAUUGCCGAUGAAUACAAGGCUGUGUUUUUUAGUGAGUAUCGGCGCCUGAUGACUCUGCGCCUUGGCCUGAAGACCCAGAAAGAAGGCGACUUUGAGAAACUCUUCUCCGAGCUCCUCGACACUUUGGAAGCCCUCGAGUUGGACUUUAACCACUUCUUCCGUCGCUUGUCUACGGUAAGGCUCGAAGACGUCAGUACCAAAGAGAAUCGAGAACAAACGGCAGAACGGUUUUUCCACCAUGAGGGAGUUACAGGGUUGAACGAGACCAAUGAAAGUGGCCGCGAAAGGAUUGGGAAGUGGCUUGACUCGUGGCGAGAACGAAUCGUGGAGGAUUGGGGCACCGAGUCAUCUACCGACGAGGACCGAGAAAAGGCCAUGAAAGCAGUCAACCCGAACUUUGUGCCACGAGGAUGGUUACUCGACGACAUUAUUGAUCGAGUGCAGAAUAAAAAGGAAAGAGAUAUCCUUCAAGGUGUGAUGGAAAUGUCAUUGAAUCCAUUCCAAGAUGAGUGGAACUGGAAUGAGGAAAUCGAAAAGAAGUAUUGUGGUGAUGUUCCACGAUAUCAGAGAGCCAUUCAAUGUAGUUGCUCCUCUUAGAUUUAUCACCUUACAUACCGGAAUGACAAAACGGCGUUGAUUAGUACCCAAGUCAAACAGAAGUCGCAAUUGUCUUUCGUGUUUCCCAGGUAUAUACA